AUGCAGGAGACGUUGAUAAAGGAAGAGAUUGAAGUUACGAAUUGCAGCAAGGAGCGCCACGCUGUUCUCGAAGAGUACAGGCAACGGGUUCUGGAACAGAAAAUGGAACUCGAGCGUUUGGAAAAGAUGAUAUUCCAAUCGCGGCCGCGGAACAAUUUCGAUGCGCGUGUGAAAAGUCGCAUACAAUCGGCGGAGGAUGUUACCAAGGACGAGGUGACACGACUGGAGGACACGUUCGCCAGGCUUCGCGCCGCGACCGGAGUGUCCAGAUCCGAGGACGUACUGAACCGGUUUCUGGGUCAGCGGGCGACCAAGGAUAAUCUACAGAAAAUGCGGGUGGCAACCGAGGAGAAGAAAAUGGCGUUAGAAAAGCAGAGGCAGGAGCUCUUGGCUGAAAUGGAGGCCAGAAAAUUUUCGGAGACGAAAGACGCGGAACAAAACGCGGAGGAAGUGGAUAAAUGGAAUCGCCAGAUUGAGGAACAACGCGUACGUGGAUCGGCAGCAGAUUCGGGGAGGCAAAGAGUUGAAGAUCUGAUACGAGAAAUAACUCUGACCUUGUGGAACGUGUGUAACAAAUUCCGAGACAUAAUUGAACCGUUGCCCAUGGAACCAAGUGAGGUCAACAACCCUUUGCAGCUUAUCGAGUUGAUGAAUGAAAAAGCGAAAACUGCCAUUGAUAUUUUGGGAGGACCAGAUAAAUAUCUCGAAGUACUGAACGAAGUAUUAGUUGACAAGCUAGAGUCAGCGUCAAUCACGACUACCUCAGUUGAGGGAAAAGCGGCGCGUGCAACCGAGGGGCCACUUUUUCCUCGAUUUCCAUCGUCAGUAACGCCGGCGAUGUUGCCGUCAGAAGAUGAGGAGGACGUUCCGACCAGGAACGCUCUCAAGAAACAGGCUCAGCAACUGGUCGACGUUAAAAGUCGACGAAAAGGAUUUAUUUUUAAAAGAUGAAUGUUAUAUUGCUGAAGAAUUACACAUCAUUAGAUAUUAAUUAGAUUUAAGUAUU